AUGGUUGUCAAAAUCUGUGUCGUUUGCGGUGAUAAAGGACGAGCUAGAAAUUUUGGUGCCUUUACGUGCGAGUCGUGUAAGUCAUUCUUUAGGAGAUAUGGACUUAAAGAACAGCAAUUGAUUUGUCCAUCAAAUGGCAAAUGCGAUAUAAAUGUAAUGACGAGACGGAUGUGCCGUAACUGUAGGCUUAAGAAGUGUUUUGCAGUCGGACUGAAAAAAGAAUUAAUACGAAGUGAUGAGGAAAACCAUUUUAGGAAAGAAUUGAUUAAAGAAAACAAAUUAAAACAUAAACUCAGCGAUGAAUCCAAUAAUUGUAUUGAUUUCUCGGUUAAUAAUUCAGAUAUCGAUUCAAUGUUUAGCGACACAACUAUUGAUGACAACUUUACCUUUAAUUUAUUAGACAACAAUUCACUCACUAUUAGUGAUAUUGAAAAGGAUCUGAACGGAUUCAACAAUAUCUGUGCCGACGAUAAGUAUGCGCUCAUGAGAUAUGGGGCCAGAGAUCAGGUGCUAAUCCGUAGUCUUAAAUACUAUUAUAAAGAGAUCGAUGAUAUGAGUGAUAAGAAUUUUACCAAAAUAUGUGAUAUUUGCCUUGAUAAAGCCCGAGCCCGAAACUUUGGUGCUAUAACUUGUGAGAGCUGUAAGGCUUUCUUUCGUAGAAAUGGACUUAAAACUGAGCAAUUUAUUUGUCCCUCAAAUGGCAAAUGCGAUAUCAAUGUAAUGACGAGACGGAUGUGUCGUAAAUGUAGUCUCAACGGAUUCAACAAUAUCUGUGCCGACGAUAAGUAUGCGCUCAUGAAAUACGGGACCAGAGAUCUGGUGCUCAUCCGAUCGCUUAGACAUUAUAAUAGAGAGACUGAGAGUUUUAUUACACCAAUUGACCAUGAUCAUUCACUACAAAUUGGUUUAGCCCUCUAUGAGAAAUCAGCUUUAACUAAUGUAUUUAAAGCAUAUUUUGAAAAGUUUUUAUCUAUCUGGAAUUACAAUGAUCACAUUAUUAUUGAUUUG